AUGACACACAUCAACCAGACCUGCUCCAGCCAGAACAUAACGUUCAAAAACAACCUGUAUGCCACCACAUACACCCUCAUCUUCAUCCCUGGCCUCCUGGCAAACAGCGCUGCCCUAUGGGUCUUGUGCCGCUUCAUCAGCAAGAACAACAAAGCCAUCAUCUUCAUGAUCAACUUGGCUGUGGCUGACCUGGCUCACGUCCUCUCACUGCCAUUGAGAAUAUACUAUUACAUUAACUCCACGUGGCCUUUUGGGAGGUUCCUUUGCUUACUGUGCUUCUACUUGAAGUACCUUAACAUGUACGCUAGCAUCUGUUUCCUCACCUGCAUCAGCAUCCAGAGGUAUUUCUUCUUGUACCAGCCAUUCAAAGCCAAGGACUGGAAGCGGCAGUACGAUGUAGCCAUCAGUGCUGUGGUGUGGCUCUUUGUUGGGCUGGCGUGCUUGCCCUUCCCCAUCAUGCGGAGCUAUGGGCUAGCCAAAACCACAAACACCUGCUUUGCAGACCUUCAAGUCCGGCAGAUCGAGAGCAAGUUGGCCACUGUGCUGAUGAUGGGCACAGCUGAGCUCUUUGGGUUCAUUGGCCCACUCACCAUCAUUUUGUUCUGUACUUGGAAAACCAAAGACUCUCUUCGAGGCUUCCAGAUACCACUUCAAAACAGCAGUGAGAGGAGGAAGGCUUUAAGGAUGGUUUCCAUGUGUGCCAUCGUGUUCUGCGUGUGUUUUGCACCAUACCACAUCAACUUCUUUUUCUACAUGUUGGUGAAAGAAAACGUCAUUACAGACUGCUUCCUGAGCACCAUCACGCUCUAUGCCCAGCCCUUUUGCUUAAGUCUUGCAAGUCUGGACUGCUGCUUGGAUCCAAUCCUGUAUUUCUUUAUGACCUCAGAGUUUCAGGACCAGAUCUCAAAGCACAGCAGCAUGGUCAUCAGGAGCAGGCUCAUGAGCAAAGAGAGCGCCUCAUCAACUAAGGAAUGA